UGAGAAAAUGCAGGAUAACCAAUAAGCUGUGAAGAUGCAGUAGAAACAAAAAAUACAACUUUUGGAUUGUAUUGCAUUGUUUACUGUACUGAGUGUUUGUGAUGCGCACAGAAAAAGCAAAGCAAUCUAACAAGACGAAUAAAUCUGGAGCCUGCAUGCUGUGCGUAAUUGUUUCAAGUGAAACUUUCCAUCUUUCGUGAAAGUGUAAUGCUUUUUGCGCAUAUCCAAUCCCCAGUACAAGCUGAGAUCUCAUUCCUCAACACAUUCCAGAGAUUUCCCUACCAGACAAUCAAUAAGAUUAUUUGAAAGUGAUCUCUUGCCUUUGUUGGAGUGACUAAUUCAUUUAGUUCCCUGCAGGGGUGGGGGUGACAGAUGUCCAUGUUUCCUGUUUUUAGCUUGCCCUCUUGGGUCUUGCCAUUCCAUUUGGUUAAAGGGUUUAAAGGAGGAGGGGGCAGAUGUUGAGACCUGUGGGUUGUCUCUUAACCCUUUUAUCGCCAUUUCCAGCAGCGCUGAUUCUUGUGUGUCACCUGAAAAGUGUUCACAGCGUAAGGAAAAUGGCGGUUUAAGUCUGAAGUCUGGGAUUUAGCACUACUAGUACUUUUUAAGGAAUGAUGAAUAAAUUGGAGUUUAUCAGUGAAUAAAUGUGAGAAUAGGGGGUAGCCACAUCACUGCUUUGAGUUUAAGGCCCGUGGGGGGCGUUUGUGCCUAUCCACGGGAGGUUGAGCUCUUUUGGCCAGCACCACUCACCCCCCAUGAACAAGGUGUGGGGAUAUUCAACAAGAUUAUUGACAUGCUAAUUGAUUCACUUGCUAAGAAGAGUCCUUGAACCCAGAGGUGAUUGUCUUGGAGCCAAACAAAGGAGGACUUUUGGUAAAAGAGGGAUGGAUUCUUCAAACUUCAAACUUCAGAAUGUAAAUGUUUUCAUUUACAUUCUGACCUCCCCUCUUUAAUGGAAUAUCAUUAACUCUAUUUGUGGGGAGUCUGUUUUGUUUGUGCUAUGGGUUUCAUGAUAAUUGACUAUUCAACUUAAGGUCACUUAAGGGCUUGAAAUUAAAACUUGUUAACUUUGUCGUCAAAUGCUGUUCGAGUCUGUAAGGUUGGUGUUCCGGCCGUACAACCAUGACAUUCCAAUUUCCCAUCAUACCCAAGACUAAUCCAGCAAGGCGAAUUUGAGCAAUAACAACCAGUCAGAAUGAUUGAUGUUGAGUUUCCCGCUGUGCAGCUUACUCGAGCCCUGCUUCCAAAGAGGUCCUCACUGAUGCUAAAUUAGUUUAAGACUUUAAUAACAGAUCUACCCAGUUUGGAAGGAGCACAUCUGGGGUAUAUUUACAGUACUUUAUAGAAAUCUCCCCCCACUGGUGUACAAAAAUGGGUUCUGUCAAUCUGCCAACAAAGAUGACCACUCUGGCCUGAUUUAUGAAGGGCAAAGUUGUUACAGGACCUUUGGAAUGAUGAAACAAAGAAGAAAAGAGCAUGUUUCUCUUUUUUUAACAACACCUUCCUUCCCCCAUCCCCUACCCUGCCCUGGCCCUGCUUCUGAGCUGUGAAAUGAAGCAGAGCGAGAAGAAGUGGACACAGUUGAGGAGUUAGCCAGAGUUCACUGUGUUAAUCCUGUGUUAACCAGGGCAAAAUCAUACAUCUACAAAGAACCUAACACCCUGGGCCACAACAGAGGAUUUGCGAGUAGAAAUCCAUGAAAAGGAUCGCUGAUCCUUUAGGAGCUUUGAAUAUAGUGAAUGUCCUCAUCACUAGUUUGAAAAGUCUGCCAGGCCCUUAAACUCAUAUGCAUGGACAAGGUUUAUAUAGGGCUUAGACAUCAAAGUGCUUUUACUCAACUGGUGAGAGUAUACGGGUCAGUGAAAAUGAGAAUUAAAUACGCUUUGUUCUGCAUUUAAAGGUAAUUGCAAGGCAUGGACCUGCACUGAUGUUAAUCUGCACACAGUGUGGCUUGAACACUUCUUGAGUUGUAGGCAAAAAUGAGCGCGAGGUCGGAUUUGAACAGUAGGGUGCAUUAAUCAGCACAGUCUGCAUUGCUAAUAAAGUUGCUUGCGCUGCUCCUGGAAAGACAUGUCAUGAUGAUGAAAGGCAUCCUUUGAUUUCCAACCAGCGAAAGACUGCAGUUAAGAGGACUGUGGUCAGCGGCUGGGUAAGAAAUGGAAAUGUUUUUCGAAUGGUUUUAACCUUUGGGUCUACGGUUCCAGGGAAUCUGUAUUCCAAACAACGUAACUUGCUUUUUUUUCCGCCUCAGUGAAGUGACGUGCCAGACAAGGCACCAAAGGUGGCUAUAUCGCCCUCCAUAAAUUGAGAGUUGCUCUGAAGGAUAUCUGUGGUCCCUGAAAUGCAGAAGUCCAUAGAUAGGAGGCCACAGCAGCAUGUCAUUAGCUAUCCUGCUGCAUGUAGAGCAUUUAGAAAGAAGCCUUAAUGAGGAGAUAAGGGAUGGAAAAGAGUGUUGAAGGACUGUGGAAAUAAGAUUAUUUAUUUAUUUUGUUUUAUUACAGGUGAUCUGUUGCCUUGCAGAGGCACCUAGGUUAUUACAUGCUUAAUAGUAAUAUCUGGUCUUGAUAGAUUUUUUUUUGUCUUUUCUUGAUUAUACUGAAUAAACCCAAAAAAGCCAAACUGAAGAUUUAUAAGCACUUUCCUGGAACUUCGUGGCAUAAACUGAAUCCAGACUCCUCGAAUUUCUCUCUGAAGUUUUCUAAAACUACAGAUAUUUGUGUCCGUCACUGUUGUUUAUGAUCCUUUACUUUUUAUAUAAGGCAUAUAUUUAAUAGCUUGACUGACAAAAUUGUUCUAGCAUUCAAACUAUUCUUUUCACUUUUUUGUUUCUGUUGGUGGAUGACCUAAGUCUGUGGAAUUUCUACUGUCUCCGGCUCCUAAGAUUUCUUCUGACAGUUUAAGGACCCCAAUUCAUCCAGACUCCAUGUUAAGCCCAUAAAGCGACAUUUUUCCAAGGGCCACCCAGCUUUAGUUCACGAAUAAACUCACUAAGCCUAGUGGAGCCAGGGAUCAGUCUGAAUCAACACAGCCAACGUGAACCUGUCAGAGUCUGGAGAGAUGGAGCCAUUGGCUGAAGCCCAGAGCGGAGGCUUGCCAACAGUUGAAGGGUACUUCCUGGAAUUUGUGGAGCCCCCAAACAACAUGACUAUCAUGCAGGGUCAGACGGCUACGCUGCACUGCAAAGUGGCAGGUAACCCAUGGCCCACCAUCAAAUGGUUAAAGAACGACGCACCAGUGGUGCAGGAGCAGGGCCGCAUCUCGAUCCGCAAGACAGAGUCUGGCUCAAAACUCCGCAUCCAGGAUCUGGACACUACUGACACUGGAUAUUAUCAAUGCAUAGCCUCCAACACCCUCAAGGUCAUCUCAGCCACCGGUGUUCUCUAUGUGCGCCUUGACCAGUCUUCAACCCGAGGUCCAGAUGAUGCGACCCAUGAGAAAGGCUUCUGUCAGCCAUACCGAGGCAUCGCAUGUGCAAGAUUUAUCGGGAACAGGAGCAUCUAUGUAGAGUCUCUACAGAUGCAAGGAGAAAGUGAGAACCGCAUCACGGCUGCAUUUACCAUGAUUGGCACCUCCACCCAGCUGUCAGAUCAGUGUUCGCAGUUUGCCAUUCCCUCAUUUUGCCACUACGUCUUCCCUCUGUGCGAAGAAGGCACGAGGGGCCCUAGGAGGCGCCAGCUCUGCAGAGAUGAGUGUGAGGCGAUUGAGAAUGACCUGUGCCGUGCUGAGUACACCAUCGCCCGCUCCCACCCACUCAUCCUCAUGCAACUGGAGCUGCCCAAAUGCAAGCUGCUCCCUCACCCGGGCUCACCAGACGCUGCCAGCUGCAUGCGCAUUGGCGUGCCCACCAACCGUCUGGAGACAUAUUCUCCCUCAGAUCACAGCUGUUACAAUGACAGUGGUGCCAAUUACAGAGGUGUUGUCAGUAAAACAACAUCUGGCCAGCAGUGUCAGCCCUGGACAAAUCAGUAUCCCCACAGCCAUCAUUUGACACCUAAAGAUUACCCAGAGCUCAGAGGGGGACACAACUUCUGUAGGAACCCUGGAGGACAAAUGGAGGCUCCAUGGUGUUUCACUCUUGACCCCCAUGUGAGGAUUGAAUUCUGUGAUGUCCGCCCAUGCAAGCCCCCUGAAAACAUGAAGAAGGAGAUAUUGUACAUCCUCAUCCCCAGUAUAGCUAUCCCAUUGGUCAUUGCCUGCUUGUUCUUCCUGGUGUGUAUGUGCCGUAACAAACAGAAGGAGUCAGUCGACACCCCCCCUCGUCGGCAACUUACUGCUUCUCCCAGUCAGGACAUGGAGAUGCCACUUCUCAAUCAGCACAAGCAGGCAAAACUCAGAGAAAUCAACCUAUCAGCUGUACGCUUCAUGGAGGAGCUCGGAGAGGACCGCUUUGGGAAGGUCUACAAAGGUCACCUCUAUGGCACAGCACCAGGAGAGCAGACCCAAGUGGUGGCCAUUAAGACCGUCAAAGACAAGGAUGAGGGAACACUGCAAGAAGAGUUCCGUCAUGAGGCUACACUCCGGUCCAGACUCCAGCACCCAAACAUUGUGUGCCUCCUGGGUUUGGUGACCAAAGAGCAGCCCAUGAGCAUGGUUUUCAGUUACUCAGGCCAUGGUGACCUCCAUGAGUUCCUGGUUAUGCGCUCACCCCACUCGGACGUAGGCAGCUCUGAUGAUGACAAAACAGUCAAGUCAGCUCUUGAGCAGGCUGACUUCCUGCACAUUGUCACUCAAGUGGCAGCUGGGAUGGAGUACUUGUCCAGUCAUCAUGUUGUCCACAAAGAUCUGGCUGCUCGAAACAUUCUGGUCUGCGACAAACUCAACGUAAAGAUUCUGGACCUUGGGCUGUUCCGUGAGGUCUACUCUGCUGACUACUACAAGCUGAUGGGCAACAGUCCCUUCCCUAUUCGCUGGAUGUCCCCAGAAGCCAUAAUGUAUGGCAAGUUCUCCACUGACUCUGACAUCUGGUCCUAUGGUGUGGUGUUGUGGGAGAUUUUCAGCUAUGGCCUGCAGCCCUACUGUGGCUACUCCAACCAAGAUGUGAUUGAGAUGGUACGUAACAGACAAGUCCUCUCUUGCCCUGAUGACUGCCCUUCCUGGAUCUAUACUCUCAUGCUGGAGUGCUGGAAUGAAUUCCCGGCACGCCGGCCACGCUUCAAGGACAUCCAUGCACGCUUGCGCACAUGGGAAAGCUUGUCCAACUACAACAGCUCAGCACAAACCUCUGGGGCGAGCAACACCACCCAGACCAGCUCUCUGAGCACAAGCCCUGUCAGCAAUAUCAGUGCUGCCCGCUAUGUCACCCCAAAGAAGACCUCUCCUUUCCCACAGCCCCAGUUUAUGCCUAUGAAGGGCCAGAUGAGGCCUAUGGUACCGCCCCAGCUUUACAUCCCUGUCAACGGUUACCAGCCUGUGCCCGCAUAUCCAUACCUCCAGAACUUCUACCCCAUGCAGAUCCCUAUGCAGAUGCCCUCACAGCAGAUGCACCCGCAGAUGGUACCUAAGGCAGGCUCGCACCACAGUGGCAGUGGCUCCACCAGUACAGGUUAUGUCACCACAGCACCAUCCAAUGCAUCCGGCACAGAGAAGACCGGCCUGCUGAGUGAGGAUGCUAAGGCAGCUGAGGACAACAUGGCUGAUGGAGCUUCCCAGAAUGGUCUGCAUAACGAUGACACAUCUGUCCCUGAAACAGAGCUUCUAGGGGACAAUGACAGCCCACAGAUUGAUGACAAUGAGAUGCAUUCGGAGGCAUAGGCAGCUUUUUGGGACCCAAUGACAGCCGAGAGCUGUUCUCUGAAGUGUGACUUUGUAGCUUCUGCCAGCUUAACCACACAGUGAAGGGAAAUCAUUGAUUGAGACAAAAACUGAAUGUUAUUUAUGGGUUCGUGGCAGUCACUAAAACAACUUUUUUACUUUAGGAGGCUAUACCUCUAGGUCUGGUGACGGCUGUACCCUUAUGCUGCUUUUCAGCUGCAAUGAAGAAUCUAACUUCUCACCUUUUGACAGUAGGUGGGUUGUUGAUGUGACACACUGACAGUGUUCUUUUUUUCCUAAUCAGAUUUGUUGCAAAGCCAUUCAGAAGAAUUUGAGUUCUUACUGUUGCUGUGCAACAUGGACCAUUGUAUCUUUUUAUGUGGAUUAUUGUAGUUGCCAUCAAUUCAUUUGAUCAACUUUUUUCCCCCCACUUAAAACAGUUAUAUAGGAAUUGUUAGGCAAUCUGAGUGCCUUAUGUUUAUCUCAUUUUCAGAAAUAAUGAGAAUGAGAUUUGCUGUGUUUACUACAUUGAAGCUUACAUUUUUUUUAUGUCUCACUGAAACUGAAUGUUUCCAAAGGGUUAAUAUAAUGGAGCACCUAUUUUAACUGACAGACUCAAAACUAUGCAACGUUCAGUGCUAAACUGCCUUACAUAUUAUCAGGACUUUUAGAAAAAGUGAGGUGGCCCCUAAACCUUUGUGUGACCUUUUUUUUAAAUACUUGUUUUUAAGGUUAAAACUCUGUUGUAAAGAUUUGUAAUUUAUAGCAUUGAUUCUCUUAAAGAAAUUGAUUUUUAAUUUUUCUGUCUCUCUUUCAGAUAAUUUUGUUUAGCCAGUGAUAUUACUUAAAUUUAGUUUAAAACCAAAUAUUUGCUUUUUUGUUUUGUUUUGUUUUUAACCAAACUGUUAUAACAGAACUUAACCAUAUAUUGUGUAUGUGCAGGAAGAGGGAGUGUCAAAUAAAGUGAUAGGUGAAAUAUUG